UUUCGCGACGAAAGCCGCCGCAGUGACGUCACGAAAAUAGACCCACGCCUUUGUUGUCGGUCACGUGAUCAUAACCCGCAAUCGUAGGUAAGAAGGAAGAGCUUACUGUUCGGUGGUCGAGCGUAAAAGAUGGCAGUGGGAGAAAUAAAUUGCGAAGGUGGUUGAAACAUCUGGAUGUGAAAAUCCAUUGGAUUAAUUCACAAUAAUGUGUGAUGAUACAAGUGUCAAGGUUGUUGUAAGGAUCCGUCCACAGAUCUCGAGAGAGAUCAUUGAUAUGUGCCAUGUCUGCACUUCGGUUACACCACGAGAGCCACAGGUGUGGUUGGGAAAAGAUAAAGCCUUUACUUACGACAAUGUAUUUGAUAUGCCAUCCAAUCAAGAAGAUGUUUACGAUACUUGUGUUAAACCGUUAGUGGAAGGAAAUAUCAUUCCAAGUUGGAUAAAAAAAAAUUAAUUAAAAGCAAAAUACAUCUGGC